CGCCAUUGUUCGCAUAAACAUCAUGAUCAGGAAUGUGGAGACGAUAUCCGACGUCAAGAUGGAAUACAGCAUACAGAUCUAUUUCCGAGAACAGUGGAAGGAUCAUCGUCUUACCUUUAAUAAUAUGGGAGGGCGGAUCAAGUACCUGACGCUGACAGAGGCUGACAUGGUGUGGAUGCCUGACUUGUUCUUCAAGAAUGAGAAGGAGGGACACUUCCACAAGAUCAUCCUUCCGAAUUUCUACAUCCGAAUCUACCCGGACGGCGGAGUUCUCUACAGUAUUCGAAUCUCGCUGACGUUAUCUUGCCCGAUGGACCUGAAGCUGUUCCCUCUCGAUCGUCAGCAGUGUCAGCUCCUUAUGGCUUCUUACGGGUGGACAACCGAGGACCUGGUGUUCCUGUGGAAGGACGUGGAGCCCGUGCAGGUCACGAAGAACCUGCACCUACCACGCUUCACCCUGGAGAAAUUCAUCACGGAUUAUUGCAACAGCAAGACAAACACGGGUGAAUACUCGUGCCUGCUGGUGGCGCUCAUCUUCAAGAGGGAAUUUUCAUACUACCUGAUCCAGUACUACAUACCUUGCUGUAUGUUGGUGAUCGUGUCAUGGGUGUCCUUCUGGCUGGACCAAAACGCCGUGCCCGCCCGCGUAGCCCUGGGCGUGACGACGCUGCUCACCAUGUCGACGCAGACCUCCUCCAUCAACCAGUCGCUCCCGCCCGUGUCCUACACCAAGGCCAUCGACGUGUGGACGGGCGUGUGCCUCACCUUCGUGUUCGGCGCGCUGCUGGAGUUCGCCCUCGUCAACUACGCCUCGAGGUCCGACAAGCACCGCGAGAAGCUGAAAGAGAAGCUGAAGGAGCAGAAGAAGCAGUGGGAGGUGGAGCACGCGGCCGCCCUCGAGGCCGUGAUGGCGGAGCAGGCUGAGGACGGCCACUCGGCGUUCGCGAUGCCGGCGUCUCCACCGCGCCCUCGAAGCUUGCUGGAGCUCCUUAUCUCAAAGACGAAGCCCCUCGUCUCCCGGCACAACGGCGGAAUGGGCGGUGAGAAGACGCGCCCGUGUGAGAUCCACCUGCAGGCGCCUCGCAAGAACUGCUGUCGCUCCUGGCUGUCCAAGUUCCCCACCCGGAGUAAGCGCAUUGACGUCAUCUCCCGCAUCACCUUCCCGCUGGUGUUCGCCUUCUUCAACAUGGCCUACUGGAGUACGUACCUCUUCACGGAGGAGGAGGAGGACAACCCGAAAUAGAUGCGAAGAUGAAACCGGAAGCCGAGACAAGGUCGGCGGCUCCAAGUCACGUCACCGAUCGAUACGAAGGAACCGCCAAUAAAGGGGAGAAAAGGGAAAUUUCCGAAGAGUGAGUGAAACCGUUUUCCGAAGAAAAUAUAGAAAGGAAGAGAGAAAAUAGUGUAGAAAGAGAAUCUUUUGGGAUUUCUUUGUGAAAACAACCAGGGACUUGAAGGACGUUGCAAGACAUUACUUGUGGCUAAGAAUAAUGCACGACAUCGCACGUGAAGGACACUCGUAAUUUGACUCUGUAUAACGAGUAUCGGAAACUAUAGCAUCAUUAUUCAUACAGGCACAAUAUCGCGAUUGCAGGCGAAUAAAAGAGCAUAAUGUUACAUUGAGGCAUAAUACGAGCAUGAAAAUCAUAAUGUUAAUGGCAUAAAGAUCAAUCUGAUUCAUAUUAAACUGUUUGCAUAAUCAUGAAAUCAUUAGCAUAUACAUAACCAUUUAACAUAAGAAAGGCAGCGCUGAGAUUUCAUAAGCAGAGUUGAAACGGAAAACAAGAAAAAAAAAUCGAUUGAAAUGUAAUAUUAAAACGUACCGACAUGCAAGACUAAUGUGUCCUAGUCAAGCAUCAACACGCUUAUGAUAAGUGAGA